AUGGAGACAGGGCCCUGUCUCUGGUUGCUGCUUCUCCUCUUGGUGCUGUUCUAUGUGUCAGACUCCCAGGCAGAGGAUGUGUAUACAACAGUCCGUCACCGAGAGGGGGAGACACUAUCUGUUCAGUGCUCCUACACUGUCCGUUCUGACCGAUGGGAAGGCAAGGUCUGGUGCAAAGUGAGGAGGAAGAAGUGUGACUCAAGGUUCAGUCGGGGCUCAGGAUUUAACCCCCCCUACAAGCUCCAUGAUGACUUUCAGGCCGGGAUCCUCAUUGUCACCAUGGAGAGACUUAGGCACCAGGACUCUGGGAAAUACUGGUGUAUGAGGAACAGUUCACGCACCUUAUACCCUGUGAAGGGUAUUCAGCUGGUGGUCUCACGAGCACCUUCAACUGAGAGAAACAUCCCACUUAUUACAAAGGAAGCUUCCAUCCAGGAACCAGACCACAUCUUUAGAACUGCUGUCACUGCUGGCCCAUUCCUCAACAAGGACAAGGACUUGUCCAUGGUUGUUCCUAUCACUACUUCUCUACCUGCCUCAAUGGGUAGGAUGCCAGCUGACACAACUACUCUCCCUACAAUGGCCAGAUCAGUGACCACUGUGUCUAGAGCGAUGGUGAGAUCCAUAUCAGUCACCAGACCCAUAACCACAACCGUGUCAAGGAUGACCACAAGACCCUCAGCAACCAAUGGAUCUCCUUGCAAGGUGAGAUCCACCCGUGUUGCUCCAGUGAUGUUGGUCACAGGCAAGGCCAGAUCCUCCAGUACUAUAUCCACCACCAUCAGGUCACACCCCAAAGGAUUACCUCCUAACAGUUUCCACAGCUCUGGCCUCGCUGUUCCCAUGUUGUUGGGGGGAAGUUUCAUGAUCCUGAUGUUUUCAGUUGUAUUCUGUGUGCUAUGGAAAAAGAAACGCAUGGGAAUUUAUUAUGUAUAAGAUGGUCCAGUUUUACCCUGGU